AUGCGUUUAGUCAUUGUCGUGGUUCUCGUGGGCCUCUUGCUGCAGGCGAACACCGCCUACAGCAGCCAGGCCGGCUGUCCACAGGGCUGCGUGUGCUUCAGCCAGUCUGUCGUCUGUCGUCGUGUCCAGGGGAACACCCUGCCGACACUGCCGUCCUACCUGCCAGAUCCGAACGGCGGAGCUCUGCAGUACUUCGCGCUGACCCUCAGUAAGCUGUCCCGUCUGCCAGCAGGCGCGUUCGUUGGACUGCUGGAUCUCAUGAACAUCGACCUGUCGAACAACGAGCUGGAGAGUGUGGAAGAGGGAGCCUUCCAGGAACUCCCGGCACUGGUGCAGCUGUCGUUGCGGCAGAAUCGCCUCACCCACCUGCCAGACAACCUGUUCGACACUGUGCCUAGUCUGGAGGAGCUGGACCUCUCGUACAACCAACUUACCACAGUGCCCGCAUCCCUGGAACGUCUCAUCGGUCUGAAGACCCUCAUUCUUCGAGGAAAUCCAAUCCACUGUUCUUGUGGGAUAGUUGAUUUUGCCCUAAAACUGCAAUUCUGGGAGGGGUCUGUUGGCCGGACGGUGUGUGCGUCGCCGAACGAAGUGGCGGGCAAAUCAGUGUCGGACCUAGGACGUCAGUACGUCCAGGCGUUUGAGGGCACACGUCAUCUCGGCUACUGGCCCGAUGAAUAUGUCUACCCAGAGGAGGCCAACAGGCGACCGCUGGUUCGAACGAGGACCGCCUGGCCACUCCCACAGUGCCGAGAAGGUGACCUUGGCGGGGAGACGUCAGACACCACCAGACGCCCCCUUGGACCGGAUGUAGCGCCGCGAUUCGUGGAAACCCCUGAACCAGCCAUGAUUCUGGAGAUACGCGAAGUGCAUGGUUACCACGCUGGAACAUACACGUGCAUCGCGAAGAACCGUCUGGGUGAAAUCGGUCACUCCGUGAGUCUGCAAAUUCUUGAUAUCGUGAAACCACAAAUUACCGACGCGCCAUCGGCUCAGACAAUGGCUGGGUACGCGGGCAGUGACGUAGAGCUCGUUUGCACAGCGCGUGGACGUCCGCGACCCACAAUCGACUGGCUCUACACCCACGCGACGUCGGCUAAGCGUCUUUCAACGCAGGGUCGCUAUACCGUGCACAGCGCCAAAAAGCUGUCCACCCACACCAUUCAGGACCUCGUGAGCCGGGAUCCUCUUGCGCAGAAUGACGAAGUCACCCGUGCUGAAGGCGAGGAGGAGUCGGUUACGCUGACCAUCCGCAACGUCUCAGAACACGACACGGAGGGACGCUACACUUGCUAUGCUGCGAACCGCGCUGGUUCAACACGCGUUACGUCUGUCGUGAGCUUGAAAAAGGCGCGAGACGAGGAAAAAACGUCAAAUUGGAUGGAGGAUGGACGUGCAGUGGGCAUGACAACGGACUCUUCAUCGAUCGAGGCGGAAAGCAGCGAGGGUGAGUCAGACGAGGAUCUGGUGAAGCGGGUGAUCGAAAAGGCCCGACGCCGGAUCGACGCAGCAAUUCAGAAGACCGCAGACAACCUCAGAGACCCCUCAAACCGCAGAACAGCUUCCGACAUCGCCUCGCUAUUCCGUCAACCGAGUAAGGCCGCGAUCGAGUUGGCGAGAGCUGCGGAAGUCUACGAGGCAGCGAUAGAUGAAGUGACGCAGAUUCUCCAACGACAGAGGAACAAGUCUUUGGGAAAAGACGAAGAGGGCGCCUACAAAGGCGACGAGGAUUUUGACGAACACAAAAGACUAGCGAUGGGGGUUCAACUGACUACCGAGCAGCUAGCCAUCAUUGCGCAACUUUCAGGCUGUGCUCAACCGCAACGCGUCGAACCGUGCGACCGUCAGCUGUGUUUCCACAUGCGCUACCGGUCUAUCGACGGAAGCUGCAACAAUCUCAAGUUUCCCAAAUGGGGCUCUGCAUUAUCGCCGUUCUAUCGACUGCUGCCCCCGGUCUACGAGAAUGGUGUAAACCAGCCAGUUGGCUGGAACCCUGAGAGACUUUAUUUCGGCUACCCAAAACCCUCAGCUCGUCUUGUUUCAUACAGGCUACUGGGAGACGCGACAAAGCUUCAGGUUCAUACACGAAAACUUCAGACCUUCAACGAACGCAUAAAGAUGUCUCUUAAGUUUAACAAUCGCACUUAUGGCACUUCUAAUCCAUUUGACGUCCCUCGCAUUGGUGAAGAAGAAAAAGAAGACUUUUUCGACGAAGAUGACACUUCCUCGGGCAUGCUGAUGCAGUGGGGCCAGUUUUUGGAUCACGACCUCGAUUUCACGCCCGUGGAUGCCUCCACCAGUCGCUUCAGUGAUGGUCUUGGUUGCAACGAGACCUGCAUCAACGAUCCCCCCUGUUUCCCCAUCAUUACUCCGCCUGGCGACCCACGAAUCCGCCAGCGAUGCAUCGGGUUUGCGAGGAGUUCGGCCACGUGUGGAUCAGGCUCGACUUCGAUCCUUCUGGGCAAACCACAGCAUCGCGAGCAGCUGAAUCAAAUCACCGCCUUCAUCGACGCCUCUAACGUCUAUGGCAGUGAGGAGUUCGAGAACUCGCAGCUGAGAAACACGCUUUACGACGAAGGUCAGUUGAGAGGGGGCAUGCCAACGCCAUCUGGCAAAAAACUACUGCCAUUCAAUAUUCGCGGACAGGUGGACUGCCAAGCCGAUCCCCAGCAAGAUUUCGUGCCCUGUUUCAAAGCCGGUGAUCACAGAAGCAACGAGAAUCUAGGCUUACUCAGCAUGCACACAAUUUGGAUGCGAGAACACAAUCGAAUUGCGGAUGAGUUGCGUUCAUUGAAUCCUCAUUGGUCGGGUGACAGAAUCUACCACGAGGCCCGCAAGAUUGUCGGGGCUCUGAUGCAGUCGAUCACUUACCGCGUCUGGCUUCCAAAGGUCCUGGGUCCACGGGGUAUGGAGAUGAUGGGAGGUGAUACCUACACCGGCUACGACAGCUCCGUCAACCCGACCAUCAGCAACGAGUUUGCCACCGCGGCUUUCAGGUUCGGACAUACUCUAGUUCCACCGAUUUCCUUCCGACUUAACGAAAACUGGGAAGCGAUUCCCGAGGGCCAUCUUCUGCUUCACAAGGCCUUCUUCGCUCCCGAUCGGAUGCUCACAGACGGUGGAAUGGACCCCAUUCUGCGGGGUCUCCUGUUUCAUGGCGUUCGAGAUAUUGUUCGCAGACCUUCGCUCAACCCAGAGCUCACUGAAAGACUCUUCGCCAUGGCGCACCAAUUAGCUCUCGAUCUGGCGUCCUUGAAUGUCCAGCGUGGUCGAGAUCACGGCUUGCAGCACUACACUGCGUACGCCUACAAGGUCUGUGGUCUUGGAAGCUCCGCUGCUCCGGACUCCUUCGACGAUCUCGCCGACAGAAUCCGCGACCCCGCCAUCCGGGAAGAAUUACGCGCCGUCUACGGUCACCCGGGAAACAUCGAUCUCUUCGUCGGUGGCGUAUUGGAAGACGUCAUGCCAGGAGCGCGCAUGGGUCCAACGUUCGCCUGCAUCAUCGCUGACCAGUUCAAGAGAUUGCGAUCCGGGGAUCGACUCUGGUACGAGUCGCCUGGACUCUUCACAGUCGCCCAACUAGCUGAAAUUCGCGAGGCUGGUAGUUUGUUGUCUCGCGUGGUUUGCGAAAACGGCGACAACAUCACUGAGGUGCCGUUAGACGCGUUUUUAAGACCGAAAAGUCGGAAAGACCUGGUUCCGUGUUCUCAAGUGCCGAAGUUGAACCUGGCUCUUUGGAAAGAGUGUCCAUCGCCAAGUGGCACACCCUUCGGCUCCUACAGUGACAUCGGCCAGUACUUCGACGAGCCACUAAGCAGACGUCGUCGUAGCGCGCCAGUGGAAGGCACCUGUGACGCUUCAGUCCCAGAAAUGUCGCAAAUUAUGGAAGAGAUGGAACAAGAGGUCGACGCUCGCAUCAAACUGCGCGAACAUCAACUUGAACGCGCUAAACGAGGACUGUAG